GAUCCACAUCAACAUGUCUGAGGGAAGCAUCAUGGACAAGCUCGCCGACGCCGCGCGUGAGGCCGGCGACCGAGUGAAGGAGACCCUGGCCUCGGGCCAGGACGCGGCUCGGGACACGCUCAACGCCGCACGCGACCAAGCCAACGAGACCGCCGACCGCGUCGCCAAGAGCGACCUCCUCAACACCGGCAGCACCCGCACCGACGCCGACGCCGGCGGCCGCGGCGACGACAAGGACCGCACCAAGACCUCGGCCAGCGAGGACGCACACGACCUGGCCUCAGCGGCGGAGCGCAAGACCAACGAGCUCAUUGACCGCACCAAGGAGACCGCUCAGGGUGUGUCGGACCGCGCUGGGGACGCCUACAAGGACACCAAGGCGGCAGUCAGCGACGAGGCGGACAAGGUCCGCAACGCUGCGGACGACACCGCCGCUGUGCUGGCGGACAAGGCCCCCGGCCGCGACACCCAGGACCCGGCCCAGGUGGAGCGCAGCGGCGCCAACCCGGGCUUUGAGGCGGCGCGCGACAUGGCCGAGAAGGUAGAGGACGCGUAGGGCGUGUGAUGAGGAUGGAGAUUGUGGAGGGUGGGAAGAGAGGAGGGCUAAGAAUGGAAGGGGAUAGCUGUGGAGCUGGAUGGCCGGCGGAGUGUUGUUGAUGUGGUGGUGUGUGGGUUGGAGCAGGGAGCGGCGGGUGGGGUGUGCGCAUCGUGGUAGGUGGCUAGCAAGGCUGAGGCAUGGGGGUAGGGUUGUGGGCGAGGCUGCGCGAGCUGUGCGCGUGAAGGGCAGCAGCAGCGACGGCAGAAGACCAGGUUGAAGAGUUGAGUGAAUGCCGGGAGGUGGGUGACUUGUGUUAAAGAGCACAAGGAAAACGUUGCGCAAAGACAGUGUAUGCGAUGCAGCAAAGCGACGGUUUACGGAUGUUACCUGAAGUUACCUCGCAUACCUGCUGCGGUGAGCCGCCGGUCUUACCGGUCUUACCAACCGGAAAUCGCGCAACCCCCACGCACCCUUAACACCGUUUUGAGACACGAUAGCUGGCGGGUACGGCACCAGUUACAGGUGCAAGCAGGGAAGCCGUUCGUGUGCUCCACGAAGGUCCCUUGGGUGACUUGUGGGCGACAGGCAGGAAAGCGUGAUGUGCGUGGUGCGUGUGACGCUCAUCAUGCACACUAACGGUCUUCCCUGCUUGCACCUGUAACUCGUGCCGUGC